UGUAGCUAUAUAUGCUUUACCAACGUUCAAACAAGUACUUCUAGCCAUACACGUGUGUACUCUGUGAAAUGAAAUGUGUUCAAGCUAUGGACCUCCUUAAUGUUCACUUUCCUGGCUGUUUUUUCUGGCUAUGUUUGCGCAAAUGAGCGACAGGUGACAUUUGUUGACAGAUCUAUGUCGAUGCUUCUUUGCUGCGUCGUCUUGGUCGUGGCAUCGGUUCACCAACAGGAGGGCGGCGAUAACACAGACUCAACGUCUUCGUCUGUCGAUGGCCAGCCGACGAGCUGGGAGAAUUUCGGGACUGCUGCUACGGCGAAGAUGCAAAACCAAAGACCGGGCGUGCCUCGCAUUCAGAACGGUGGCUGCCCUUUCGCCAUGAAACACGUGGCACUCGGCGACCCGCCCAGGGAGGACAAGUUGAAGGCCCAGCUCGCACUGUGCUUUGAAAAAGCCAGCCGAACGAUCAUGACGAGCGUUCGGAACACGGCCAACGGCACAGAUGGGCUUGACGCGAAUGCCGAGACGGCGUCGGAGAUGGAAUGCACGGCGUCUCCGCUUUGCCGGCGUCGCGAAGAUCAGCGAUGCGACGCCUCCAAGCCGUACCGUGAGGCCGACGGCAGGUGCAACAACCUCGAGCAUCCCGAGUGGGGAGCGGCGGGAGCCUGCAUGAGGCGGCUGCUGGCACCGGCCUACGCGGACGGUGUGAGCGCUCCGAGGGUCUCAGUGAAGAGCGGGCGUGCACUGCCCAGCGCUCGCCUGGUGUCUUACACUGCGCAUCCCGAGCGAGCAGUCUACGACGGCCGCUGGUCCGAGAUGAUCGUGCACGUCGCGCAGUUCGUCGCGCACGAUAUCAGCGCAGUCCUGGUGAUCGACCCGGAAGGUCCCGAGUUCUCCCAGAAUCUGGGACGGGACACGUACAAUUGCUGCAACGCGAAGUCUCGUUCGGACCCCGAGUGCUUUUCGAUCGACGUUCCCGCCGACGACCCUUUCUACGGUCGCCACGCAGUGCGCUGCAUGAACUUCAGGCGCUCGGCUCCUUGCCUCACAUGCAGACUGGGACACCGCGACCAGAUCAAUUAUGUGACGUCGUACAUUGACGGCUCGCCAGUUUACGGAGUUAGCGAAAAUCAGACACGAGAUCUCCGUCUUCUAAAGAGCGGGCUCCUUAAGGAACAGCUCAUCAACGGUUCAAAACUGCUGCCCGCAAGUUCAUGGCCGAACACUGACCAGUGUAGUAAACAAAGAGACAAUCGUCACUGCUUCAAAGGCGGAGACCGUAGGGUCAACCAGAACAUCGGGCUUCUCCUCAUGCAUACGAUAUGGUUUAGGGAACACAACCGCGUGGCCAGAAAAAUAGCACGAGUUAAUCCUCACUGGGAUGACGAGCGACUCUUUCAAGUCACGAGGCGAAUCGUGGAAGCACGUUUGCAGCACAUCGUUUAUAACGAGCUUCUCAAGGAAGUCUUGGGUCCCGAAGGUGUGAAACGGAACCAACUGAGUCCCUUACGUGCGGGUUACACCACCUACGACGCCAGAGUGGACGCUACUGUUGCCAACGAGUUCACCACUGCGGCGUUUCGACUGGGCCACUCGCUCAUCGACGCUGACAACGAGACAAUAUCUUUGUCCGGAAAGCAGACGUUACGCUUACCGUUGCGCCACAACUGGUUUAACCCGUUUGCUUUCUACGAGAGUGACGUCAUCGACGCUGUCACCACCGACAGGUUGCGCAAGGCGCCACAGAAGAUUGACAGAUACGGCACUCACGACGUCACCAGGCACGCAUUCCGGAUGCCGGGCGGCCUCAGACCGUUUGGCGUCGACCUCUUCGCCUUUGACAUACAGCGAGGUCGCGACCAUGGACUGCGAGCCUACGCCGACUACGUCCAGCACUGCGCAUCAGACGUCCGAUUGGAGGCAUUCGAACACCUUGAGAAGUUCAUGCCCAGGGACGUGGUGGAACUUUUCGCCAGCCUCUACGAUGACGUCAGGGAUGUGGACCUGUUCUCGGCCGGCCUCGCGGAACGCACGCUUCCUUCGUCCAUUGUCGGACCCACGUUCGCCUGCCUGGUCGGCCCCAUGUUCAGGCGGCUCAAGUUCGGCGACAGGUUCUACUACGAACAUGGCGGACAAGCCGGUACCUUCACCCCAGGCGAGUCAUCACCUCAUGCAAGCACGUGAUUCGCCGCAUACACGCAGCUGCGCUCACGCAAAAGGACCGAUACAAAUUUCAGCUAAUGCUGGUCCGUUAUACAUCUAUAGUUAUACAGUCGAACCCGGAUAUAUCGAACCUGAAGGGGAUCACAAGGAAGUUAGAAUAUACGUAAUUCGAUAUAUAAAAUUAAAAUGUUGUACAAAAAUUUUCAGGGGGAUUUUACUGCUGUUCGUUAUGCACAAUAAUUCAUUAUAUGUGAGUUCGAUGUAUCCGGGUUCGACUGUACAUCUAACUAUUUAACUAGUUUAACUAGUUAGAUCCUAACUGCUAAUCGCCUUACCUGCAUUC